AUGGGGGAGGACAGGGAGGGGGGGACAGGGGGGAGGACAGGGGGGAGGACUGAGGAGGAGGCGGGACAGUCCUGCUCGGAGCAGAACCAGACGAGCUGCAGACCACGCUCCAAAAUGGCGUCCUUGUUUCCUCUCCUCUCUCUGCUCGUCCUGGUCUUCUCUCUGCAGUUCCAACCCUCCUCCGCUGGGGGCGCUGUCUCCUCUCUCUCCAACUCCUCCUCCAACACCUCGGCUCCCAAAUGUGGCGGGAACACCAACUGCGUCGAGGGCGUCAUGCUCCCGAUCUGGCAACCCGUGAACCCGGCCGGCUCGGAGCGCGUUGCCAGGGCGAUCAUCUACUUCCUGGCGAUGGCCUACACCUUCCUGGGUGUGUCCAUCAUCGCAGACCGCUUCAUGGCGUCCAUCGAGGUCAUCACGUCUCAAGAGCGCCAGGUCACCAUCAAGAAACCCAACGGCGAGAAGGUCACGGCCACGGUGCGCAUCUGGAACGAGACCGUGUCCAACCUCACGCUCAUGGCGCUCGGGUCCUCGGCGCCGGAGAUCCUGCUGUCGGUGGUGGAGGUGUGCGGUCAUGACUUUAAGGCCGGAGAGCUUGGUCCUCUCUCUAACCUCCAUGGUCCUCUCAUGGUCCUCUCUGUAACCUUCAUGGUCCUCUCAUGGUCCUCUCUAACCCCCAUGGUCCUCUCAUGGUCCUCUCAUGGUCCUCUUCAGGUGGUGGAGGUGUGCGGUCAUGACUUUAAGGCCGGAGAGCUCGGUCCGAACACCAUCGUGGGCAGCGCAGCCUUUAACAUGUUCGUGAUCCUGGGGCUGUGCGUGUCCGUGAUCCCGGACGGAGAGACGCGCCGGGUCAAGCACCUGAGGGUCUUCUUCGUGACCGCCGCCUGGAGCGUCUUCGCCUACAUCUGGCUCUACCUCAUCCUGGCGGUGCUCUCUCCCGGCGUGGUGGACAUCUGGGAGGGGCUUCUCACGCUCUUCUUCUUCCCGCUCUGCGUCGGCUUCGCGUACGUGGCCGACCGCCGCCUGCUCUUCUACAAGUACGUCCACAAGCGUUACCGCGCGGGCAAACGGCGGGGGGUCAUCAUCGAGACCGAGGGGGAGCCAGAGCCCGCGCCCGACGUGGAGAUGCUAACGGCUAACGGGCAGGAGCUGGACGCCUACUUCGACUGGGACCAGGAGGAGACGCGGAGGGAGGUGGCGGCCAUUUUGAAGGAGCUGAAGCAGAGGCACCCGGAAAAGGAGCUGGAGCAGCUAACGGAGCUAGCUAACGCGCAGGUCCUGAACCAGACGCCGAAGAGCCGCGCCUUCUACCGCUGCCAGGCCACGCGCCUCAUGACGGGCGCCGGGAACGUGCUGCGGCGAGGAGCGGCCGAGAGGGACCAGAGGGGGGCGCUACAGCACUCCUCAGAGGCACUGGAGAGCUUCACCCAGGUGUUCUUCGACCCGGGCUCGUACCAGUGUUUGGAGAACUGUGGGAGCGUGGCGUUGACGGUGGUGCGGCGCGGCGGCGACCUGACGCAGCGUCUGACCGUGACCUUCCAGACCGAGGACGGCACCGCCCUCGCCGGCUCCGACUACACGCACAGCUCCGGGACCGUGGCGUUCGAACCCGGCGAGACCGAGGGGAAGAUCCACGUCCCGAUCCUCGACGACGACAUCUACGAGGAGGACGAGCACUUCCUGGUUCGUCUGAGCGGCGUGAGCGCAGGCCGUGACCACGCCGCCAUCUUGGGGACGCCAUCCUGCGCCACCGUCACUGUAUUCGACGAUGACCACGCAGGGGUGUUCUCGUUUGAGGUUGCCGCGGUGACGGUGAGCGAGAGCGCGGGGGUGAUGGAGGCGCGGGUGUUGCGGUCGUGUGGCGCCCGUGGAGCCGUGGCCGUGCCGUACCGGACCGUGGAGGGAUCGGCACGAGGGGGAGGGGAGGACUACGAGGACACACACGGGGUCCUGGAGUUCGCCGACAACGAGAUCGUUAAGUCCUUUCACAUAAACAUAAUCGACGACGACCAGUACGAGAAGAAUAAGAACCUGUUUGUGGAGCUGGGAGAGCCACGGCUGCUGGAGAUGACCGAGAGGAAAGGUGGACUGGUGAAGACAGAGCCUCUGGUGGAGCUUCUGGUGGAGCCUCUGGUGGAGCCUCUGGAGGAGCCUCUGGAGGAGCCUCUGGAGGAGCCUCUGGUGGAGCCUCUGGUGGAGCCUCUGGAGGAGCCUCUGGAGGAGCCUCUGGUGGAGCCUCUGGUGGAGGCUCUGGUGGAGCCUCUGGAGGAGCCUCUGAUGGAGCCUCUGGAGGAGCCUCUGGUGGAGCCUCUGGAGGAGCCUCUGGUGGAGCCUCUGGUGGAGCCUCUGGUGGAGCCUCUGGUGGAGCCUCUGGAGGAGCCUCUGGUGGAGCCUCUGGAGGAGCCUCUGGUGGAGCCUCUGGAGGAGCCUCUGGAGCCUCUGGAGCCUCUGGUGGAGCCUCUGGUGGAGCCUCUGGUGGAGCCUCUGGAGGAGCCUCUGGUGGAGCCUCUGGAGGAGCCUCUGGAGGAGCCUCUGGUGGAGCCUCUGGAAGAGCCUCUGGAGGAGCCUCUGGUGGAGCCUCUGGUGGAGCCUCUGGUGGAGCCUCUGGUGGAGCCUCUGGAGGAGCCUCUGGUGGAGCCUCUGGAGGAGCCUCUGGAGGAGCCUCUGGUGGAGCCUCUGGUGGAGCCUCUGGUGGAGCUUCUGGUGGAGCCUCUGGUGGAGCCUCUGGUGGAGCCUCUAGAGCCUCUGGAGGAGCCCCUGGUGGAGCCUCUGGUGGAGCCUCUGGUGGAGCCUCUGGAGGAGCCUCUGGAGGAGCCUCUGGAGGAGCCUCUGGUGGAGCCUCUGGUGGAGCCUCUGGUGGAGCUUCUGGUGGAGCCUCUGGUGGAGCCUCUGGUGGAGCCUCUAGAGCCUCUGGAGGAGCCCCUGGUGGAGCCUCUGGUGGAGCCUCUGGUGGAGCCUCUGGUGGAGCCUCUGGUGGAGCCUCUGGAGGAGCCUCUGGAGGAGCCUCUGGUGGAGCCUCUGGAGGAGCCUCUGGUGGAGCCUCUGGUGGAGCCUCUGGUGGAGCUUCUGGUGGAGCCUCUGGAGCCUCUGGAGCCUCUGGUGGAGCCUCUGGAGGAGCCUCUGGAGGAGCCUCUGCUUCUGGUGGAGCCUCUGGAGCCUCUGGUGGAGCUUCUGGAGCCUCUGGUGGAGCCUCUGGUGGAGCUUUCUGGUGGAGCCUCUGGAGCCUCUGGUGGAGCCUCUGGAGAGCCUCUGGAGCCUCUGGAGGAGCCUCUGGUGGAGCCUCUGGUGGAGCUUCUGGUGGAGCCUCUGGAGCCUCUGGUGGAGCCUCUGGAGGAGCCUCUGGUGGAGCCUCUGGAGCCUCUGGUGGAGCCUCUGGAGGAGCCUCUGGAGCCUCUGGUGGAGCCUCUGGAGGAGCCUCUGGUGGAGCCUCUGGUGGAGCCUCCGGAGGAGCCUCUGGUGGAGCCUCUGGAGGAGCCUCUGGUGGAGCCUCUGGAGGAGCCCCUGGAGGAGCCUCUGGAGGAGCCUCUGGAGGAGCCCCUGGAGGAGCCUCUGGUGGAGCCUCUGGUGGAGCCUCUGGUGGAGCCUCUGGUGGAGCCUCUGGAGGAGCCUCUGGAGGAGCCUCUGGUGGAGCCUCUGGUGGAGCCUCUGGUGGAGCCUCUGGAAGAGCCUCUGGUGGAGCCUCUGCCUCUGGAGGAGCCUCUGGUGGAGCCUCUGGUGGAGCCUCUGGAGGAGCCCCUGGAGAAGCCUCUGGAGCCUCUGGUGGAGCCUCUGGAGCCUCUGGAGCCUCUGGUGGAGCCUCUGGUGGAGCCUCUGGAGCCUCUGGUGGAGCCUCUGGUGGAGCCUCUGGAGCCUCUGGUGGAGCCUCUGGUGGAGCCUCUGGUGGAGCCUCUGGUGGAGCCUCUGGUGGAGCCUCUGGUGGAGCCUCUGGUGGAGCCUCUGGAGGAGCCUCUGGUGGAGCCUCUGGUGGAGCAUGGCAGAACUACACAGGUCUUUCUAAAGUCAGGACCCUCAGCUUUAAUCAAUCCCUCUGGUGGGAAAGACUUGUACAGGAAAGUACAGGGACGAGAAACACCCUCUACCAUCUGCAUCACAGACUGGUCGUUGGAGCAGAGCAGAGUUGCAGAAAUGGGACGUCCGUCUUUGGGAGAAAACAGUCGUUUGGAGGUGACCAUCGAGGAGUCCUACGAGUUUAAGAACACUGUGGACAAACUCAUAAAGAAGACAAACCUGGCUCUGCUCAUCGGCACCAACAGCUGGAGGCAGCAGUUUGUGGAAGCCAUCAAUGUCAGCUCAGCAGGAGAGGACUCGGACGGGCCGCCCUCCUGCUGUGACUACCUGAUGCACUUCCUGACGCUGCUGUGGAAGGUUCUGUUCGCUCUGGUCCCGCCCACGGACUACCUCAGCGGCUGGCCCUGCUUCUGCGUCUCAAUCUGUGGUAUCGGGCUCCUCACGGCCCUCAUCGGGGACCUCGCCUCGCACUUCGGCUGCACCGUGGGCCUCAAGGACUCGGUCACCGCUGUGGUGUUUGUGGCGCUGGGGACGUCUGUACCAGACACCUUUGCCAGUAAAGUAGCCGCGGUGCAGGACCAGUUUGCGGAUGCGUCCAUCGGGAACGUGACGGGGUCCAAUGCGGUGAACGUGUUCUUGGGCAUCGGCGUGGCCUGGUCCAUUGCCGCUGUGGUGCACUGGUGGAGAGGGGAGCAGUUUAAGGUGGACCCUGGGACUCUGGCCUUCUCCGUCACGCUCUUUACCGUCUUCGCCUUCGUCUGCAUCGCGGUGUUGGUGUGGCGGCGCCGGCCCUCUGUGGGGGGGGAGCUUGGGGGCCCCCGGGGGCCCAAGGCCCUCACUUCAGCUCUGUUCUUCAGCCUCUGGCUCCUCUACAUCAUCUUCUCAUCUCUGGAGGCUUACUGCCACAUCGAGGUGACGUCACAUGGCCCCGCCCCCGGUGUAUUUAAAGCGCUGUCCUCGCGCUCCUCAUCUCACUCUGAACUGAUGGAAUGUGAGCGCGGGCUCGUGCACGCGCUCUGCGUGCUCCUGAUACUCGGGGGCGCGCUCUUUCUAUUUCAGCAGCUGAAGCGCGGUCCCGCGCUCUACGGCCGCUACAGCACACCGGGCACGCGCACCGUGCACGCACGUUGGGCCUGGUUCCUGCAGGAGCUGCCAGCCUUCCUCGUGCCCACGCUGAUGGCGUCCCUGACUGACGGGAGCGCGCACGGCAGGAUGCUGCUACUGUGCACGUUCACGCUGCACUAUUUCCACAGGUCCCUGGUCUACCCCAGUCUGAUCCGUGGAGCUCGGCCGGUCCCUCUGCUCAUCGUGGUCUCAGCCGCAGUGUUCUGUUUCCUCAACGGCCUCCUGCAGAGUCACUCACUGCUGCACUGCUCUGACCUGGACCAGGACCAGGACCAGGACCAGGACCAGGACUGGGUCUACAGCCUGAGGACUGCAGCCGCUGCGCUGCAGGAUGUGUAUUUGCAGGAGCUGCACAGAGGACAUCCAGGCAUGGAGUCUACAAAAAGGAGAGCAAGGGACACCGUUUUCUGGCUCACCAUAAACAGGGACAUUGAGGAAAAGUCUGACAUCUGUACGAAUGGCCUCCUCACACGCGCCUCCUCACACACUCCUCCUCACACGCGCCUCCUCACACGCGCCUCCUCACACGCUCCUCCUCACACACUCCUCCUCACACGCGCCUCCUCACACACUCCUCCUCACACGCGCCUCCUCACACGCGCCUCCUCACACGCGCCUCCUCACACGCGCCUCCUCACACACUCCUCCUCACACGCGCCUCCUCACACGCGCCUCCUCACACGCGCCUUCUCACACGCGCCUCCUCACACGCGCCUCCUCACACGCGCCUUCUCACACGCGCCUCCUCACACGCGCCUCCUCACACGCGCCUCCUCACACGCGCCUCCUCACACGCGCCUCCUCACACGCGCCUCCUCACACGCGCCUCCUCACACGCGCCUCCUCACACGCGCCUCCUCCCUGGUGUGA